GACCAUGAGCUGUCAUGUGGUGGUCAUAGACGCGAAAUGGAGAGUAUGCGGAAAGCGAAUGAAUAAACAACCACGGCUUCCUUAGAGAGUACACAGCUGGCGAAGUUUUAGCGGCUUGUUUCACUCGUCCAUCAUGGCGUGGACAAAAUAUCAGCUGUUCCUGGCUGGGCUGAUGCUCACAACUGGCUCCAUCAACACUUUAUCCGCAAAAUGGGCUGAUAUGUUCUCAGCAAAGGGUUGCCAUGGUGAUGCUGAACACUCCUUCUCCCAUCCAUUUGUACAGGCAGUGGGAAUGUUUCUCGGCGAGUUCAGCUGUCUUGCAGUUUUCUACAUCUUGCUUUGCCAUGACAGGCGGAGCCCAGAACCAAGAAUGAACCCAGGGCAAAGUUUCAACCCUCUGCUUUUCUUCCCUCCUGCAAUGUGUGACAUGACAGCUACCUCUAUCAUGUAUGUUGCUCUCAACAUGACGAGCGCCUCCAGCUUCCAGAUGCUUCGUGGCGCCGUCAUCAUCUUCACCGGUCUCCUGUCCGUGGCCUUUUUGGGUCGUCGGCUCCAACCCAGUCAGUGGCUUGGAAUCUUCAUCACCAUCCUCGGCCUGGUGGUUGUGGGACUCGCCGAUCUCGUCAGUGGUCACAAAGAUGACUCCCAUAAGCUCAGCGAUGUCAUCACCGGUGAUCUCCUGAUCAUUAUGGCUCAGAUCAUCGUUUCGGUUCAGAUGGUGCUGGAGGAGAAGUUUGUCUAUAAGCAUGACGUGCAUCCACUUAGAGCUGUUGGAACUGAAGGUUUGUUUGGUUUUGUUGUGCUGUCCCUGCUGCUCAUCCCAAUGUACUUCAUCUAUGUUGGGAACUUCAGUAACAAUCCUCGGCAGGUCCUGGAGGACGCGCUGGAUGCCUUCUGUCAGAUUGGACACAAGCCCCUGAUCCUCUUGGCUCUUCUGGGCAAUACGGUCAGUAUCGCCUUCUUCAACUUCGCCGGCAUCAGCGUCACCAAAGAGAUCAGCGCAACCACCCGGAUGGUGCUGGACAGCCUGCGUACUCUGGUCAUCUGGGUGGUCAGCCUGGCUUUGGGUUGGGAGCAGUUUCACGGCUUGCAGGUUCUUGGAUUUUUGGUCCUACUGACAGGAACGGCGCUCUACAAUGGACUGCAUCGCCCCCUGUUGGCGAAGAUACCUUGGUGCGCCGCUAGAAUGAACCUAGAGGAGGAUAGUAGUGAGGCGGAGAGAGAGAGACUGCUAAAUGAUGGAAGGGUGCAUGCUGGUGAAGACACAUAAAACAUUGCUGAAACACUUUGUAUAAACAAUACCACAGAAAUGGAAGCUUUUAUAAUUGCUGUCAGACAUUUUUAAACAUUUUUUUCGUGCCUCAGGUUUUACCUUUUCUCAUAAAACGUUCUAGUAUGAAAUAAAUUUUUAAAGUAAUCGUUCAACAUUUCAAGAAAAACCCUAAUGUCCUUUUUUUGUAGAGUCAAAAUAAGUCUGGAAACCCUGAAAAGUCAGUAUCAGAACUUUUUUUUAUCAAGGAAAAAAAUCCCUCUUGAGGAAUAUUACCAAAGUCAGAGCUGUUAAUUCUGCCAACAGCACUUACUGAGUCUUCUAUAGCAUUUUAUGUGGUUUUGGCUGGUUUAUCACAGGAUUUAGAUCUGGGAUGGCAAUAAAAAGGGGUUAAUUUUCUGUUUUUGUGUUCAACUUGUUUAUUAAAAA